AGCCGUGAAUUGCCGCGCACGAGCGAUCACCGAUUCCUCUUUCUGCUCUUCGACUUGCGCCAUUUUCUCAGCCAUUUCUUCCAAGCUAGGCUCCUUAUUUUAUGGGAAAUUAUAGCUUUCUAUUUCUAUUUCCAUUUCACCAUCCAUGUCUACGCUAUGAUAUGUAAUUCCCUUCCUUUUUCUUUUUACCGAUUUAAGUCAUGAUAUGGAGAAUCGAAUUUUUUCUAUAUUUUUUUAGGAGGGAAAGCCAAGCCUUUGAAGCAACCCAAGGUUAAGAAGAAAGGUUACGACGAGGUGGAAUUUUCCAUGUAACGAGCGAAUCGACGAGUCAAAUGCCUCUCUUUUUUUGUUUUGGCUUAGUUUGACUUGUAGAAUGCCUCCCCACCUUGUAUUGUGCCAAAAGAGAACUUUUUCAUGUUCGUUUCUUUCCUCCGUCAAAUAUGUAUUCUUUGUUUCAUAUCCUCCGUUUGGAUCGUCCCAUUUCUAUUUAUGUUCAUCUCGGAACCAGAGCACUAAAACUCACUCAGUCCGACCAGCUCUUGGGUCCACUUUGAAGCAGUCGCCGAUGUCUUACUAUGCUUCUCUCCUACAAUCUUGUGUAGUUCGAAAGGCGAUAGAGCCUGGAAAGCAGCUUCACGCUCGUAUAUGUCAAGUGGGUAUUAGUUUCAACCCUCUUUUGGCUACUAAAUUAGUCAAUCUUUACUGCAUUUGCAACUCUUUGACAAAUGCUCAUCUCUUGUUUGAUAGAAUUUCCAAACGAAAUCUGUUCCUUUGGAAUGUUAUGAUUCGAGGUUAUGCUUGGAAUGGACCAUAUGAGCUUGCAAUUUCACUUUACUACCAAAUGCGAGAUUAUGGGCUUGUGCCUGAUAAAUUCACCUUCCCCUUUGUGCUUAAAGCUUGCUCGGCUCUUUCUGCAAUGGAAGAGGGAAAGAAGAUACAUAAAGAUGUUAUACGCUCUGGGUUGGAAAGUGAUGUGUUUGUUGGUGCGGCCUUGAUUGAUAUGUAUGCUAAAUGCGGUUGUGUAGAGAGUGCUCGACAGGUGUUUGAUAAAAUUGAUGAGAGAGAUGUUGUGUGUUGGAACUCCAUGCUUGCAACUUAUUCUCAAAAUGGGCAACCUGAUGAGUCACUUGCUUUAUGUAGGGUGAUGGCUUUUAAUGGAUUGAAGCCCACUGAGGGGACAUUUGUCAUCUCCAUCGCAGCUUCGGCUGACAAUGGCCUUUUACCUCAAGGGAAGGAGCUUCAUGGUUAUAGUUGGCGACAUGGAUUUGAGUCAAAUGACAAGGUGAAAACUGCAUUGAUGGAUAUGUAUGCCAAGAGUGGCUCAGUAAAUGUGGCUAGGAGUUUGUUUGAGUUAUUGGAGGAGAAGAGGGUAGUUUCGUGGAACGCCAUGAUAACUGGGUAUGCAAUGCAUGGUCACGCUAAUGAAGCUUUGGACUUGUUUAAGGAGAUGAAAGGAAAAGUUUUACCUGAUCAUAUAACUUUUGUUGGAGUUCUCGCUGCCUGCAGCCAUGGAGGGUUGCUUAAUGAAGGGAAGAUGCAUUUCAGAUCAAUGAUAAGUGAUUUUAAUAUAUGGCCUACUGUUCAACACUACACUUGUAUGAUUGAUCUACUUGGUCAUUGUGGUCGCUUGGAAGAAGCUUACAAACUCAUUAUGGAAAUGAGAGUAGAGCCAGAUGCUGGUGUCUGGGGUGCGUUGCUUCAUUCGUGCAAAAUCCAUGGCAAUGUGGAGAUGGGUGAGCUAGCAUUAGAGAAGUUGGUUGAGCUUGAACCUGAUGAUGGUGGGAACUAUGUGAUUCUAUCGAAUAUGUAUGCUCAAGCUGGUAAAUGGGAUGGAGUUGCAAGACUAAGGGAUCUCAUGAUGAAUAAGGGGUUGAAGAAAAGUAUUGCUUGUAGUUGGAUAGAAGUGGGAAACAAAGUUCAUGCCUUCUUGUCGGAAGAUACUUCUCACCCCAAGUCUGAAGCAAUCUAUGCCGAGUUAAAACGGACAGGGAAGUUGAUGAAAGAAGCUGGCUAUGCACCGCAAGUUGGGUCAGUUUUCCACGAUGUUGAAGAUGAUGAAAAGGUUGAUAUGGUGUCCUGUCAUAGUGAAAGAUUAGCCAUUGCUUUUGGACUCAUCAGCACAUCUGCGGGAACUAAGCUCUUAAUUAUUAAGAAUCUUCGAAUUUGUGAGGAUUGUCAUGUUGCAAUAAAAUUCAUAUCAAAGAUCACUGAGAGGGAAAUUACUAUUAGGGAUGUUAAUCGUUAUCAUCACUUCAAAGAUGGAGUUUGCUCUUGUGGUGAUUUCUGGUGAAUGGUUGGAAUUUUUUUUUAAUACUCCAACUUGGGAGAUGAACGUGAGAAGUAGACGUAAUCUUAUUAUACUGUGGAUGAGAAUUGAAGAAUUCUGGGUAAAACAUUUAAAGGUAAAAUCAUGAUGGAAGCAAGGAUUUGCUUGCUACCAAUAACCUCGAAUCCUUGGAAGCAUGAAACUGUGAAGUAAAAGCAAUAACCUUCGCCAAUAAAAAGACCUUACUCCUGAACAAAGGAAGGAUUGAGGCUGGGCAAGCUGCCUUUUUCAUCUUCCAUUUCCAAAUUUAAAAGGAAAAAAAAAAAAAAAAAUCAAGGCACCAGUGCAUUAAAAUGCUCGUAGGUCGUUCGAGUCUUGACUAAUAGUCUUGAAAGGACUUCUUCAGCUUACACUUACUCUUCUACAUCCAAACUGGCAAAUUAAGUCUAAUUGUAAAGGAUUUUAUGCUUCAAAAGUUUCAAAUGUUGAGUCCCACUUUGAGGUUCUUAUCAAAAUUUCUUUAGGAGAAAAGACGUUUAUUUUUAAGUAAUGCACACCUAAUUUGUGGAUUUGACGUAGCUUUUGACAUUUUGCCCAUUCCAUUCACGGUGGGGAUGGGAAGUUCAAAUAAAAUUAUUAAUGGAUGCCCUCACGUGAAAGCCUACUCUAUUCGUUAGUCAUUUUAGUUAAUGGUUGCUUUGAUGCAACUAUCUGCACCUUAAUUCGUCGUGGAGAAUUCUCUUUUGUAGUCAGCUAAGUUGCUUGGCAAGAUAGUGGUUGAAAGGCCCGUAUUAUGCUCAGAACUACGGUUUGAAAUUUACCGGAUUUUCUCGACAGGUGAAUCUGGCCAAUAUUCAAAAGAGGGAAGAGGAAAAGGUGAGAACUUAAACUUUAAAGCUUAACUUGUCUCAUAGCUUUUCUUCUGGUCCAUCAGUUGGGUCGGAUCGAAGAUUGCUAUGAACCAUAGUAUUGAGUUUGAUGUUAUGCAGGCGUUCAGGGAGCUUAGAGCAAAGGCCCAACUGAAGAGAACCUUUGGAAAAGUGGGUAGAAAUGAGAGUUCCCUACACAAUAUACGUAGAUUACUUGUGCUGAAAUGAAACUGCAAUCAUCUGAAGUCUUUCUGAUCAAUUGAUUGCGUGACAUGUUAUUCUGCUGCAUCAAUCUGAAUAACGUAAACUCGACCGUGUUCCUACUUUCAUGUUGUGUUCUUUGUUAAGAUCUGGAUGAUCAUGUGCUCUUCUCCUUGUUUCUUAAGCAAAAAGAAAAAACCAAAUAGACAGAAGAAAUCAAUAACCUGAACUUCAAUGAUCAUAUGGAACAAUCUUCUUGGAAAGUAAUGCAACACGUUAUGGGUAUCUAAGUAGGGCCAAUGGAAAUUAUUACAUUUUAUAUGGUUGUUCUAUGAUAACACACCACUGAUUACUGUAUCACUGUAUUAUGGUUUGAUGAACUUGAUGAAAAUGAAGAAUUCAUCACAAAGGAAUCAAUCAUCCCGACUUCAGGUAGUUUGACUUACCAACUUUAUAAAUUGAUAUCAAACAACUCAACUCUUGGAUGAUAGACACUAUUAAUGAAGAAUUACACAUUUAUCUUUA